GGUUGAUGGGUGAGAGUCGUGAAUUUAUGUGCUGUUGUUGCUUGUGUUGUUUUGGUUUGUGGCUGCUGCUGUCCUUCGUCCAUUCACCCCCAGCGAGCAAGCGACGAGCAUGAUGCGAACAGGCGUGCGGCUUGCGCUUGCGAGGUGUCCCAGUGUCUCAAGACGUGCUGCAACUGCAGCGAACCGGCUGGUCACUGAUCCACAGGUGCUCCAGGACAAAGUGGACGCAUGGAAGGGGCCCUACACGCCUGGCCCACUGACGGAGGCGGAGUUUGAACAGUUCUUCACAGACGGGUUUGUCCUGAAACGUGAUAUUCUCACACCCGAUCUCCUCCACGCUGCGCAAGGCGAAGUGGAAAAGGAAGUGGACGAGGUUGCUCGCGCCCUAUUUGCAGCGGGAAAGAUCACGGAUUUGUGUGAGAAGGAGGGCUUCUUUUCCCGCUUGACUGCGUUGGAGAAGCAGUUUCCACACGUCUCUGUUCUUCUUCAUAAGCGAGGCGUUCUUCGCCCAGGCGUGCGGCAGCUGUGGUCUGCACCGGUGCUGCUCGACAUUGCACAGCAAAUCAUCGGCCCCGACAUUGCGGCACAUCCCGUGUGGAACCUGCGUUGCAAGACCCCACAGCAAGAGCAAGCCACCGUGCCAUGGCACCAAGACAUUGCGUACCUGGACGAAGAGUGCUGGUCAACGCUGCAGUUGACGGCGUGGGUUCCGCUGUUGGAUGCAAACGAGGAGAAUGGCUGCAUGCAAGUUGUUCGUGGUGGCCACAGGACCGGAAGAGCAGCGCACCACACAUGCUGUGCGGGGGGCACCUGGUAUGUGGACUUGCCGGAGGAGCAGAUAGAGGAUGUGCUGGAGUGCAACAUGGCGACGGAUGUCGUCACUUGUCCAGUGCCAAAGGGCUCCGUGCUGCUCCUCAACAACCUCAUCCCACACCGCUCCCUCAACAACAUGUCCCCAAACAUUCGCUGGAGCUUUGAUCUGCGGUGGCAGAGCCCCCAUGAGCCAACGGGCUUUUCCGGGAUCAAGGAAACCUUACCGAUGCGCAUGGGCGGCAACAAGGACUUCAACAUCAACUGGGACAAGUGGGCACGGGAGGAUCGCCACACGGGCAUGACUGAGGCUGCACAACGCAGAUCAGCGGCAGCAGGCGCGGACGGGACCAGAGAGAACACCACGAGCAGUGAUGACGAGAAGGAGUUUGACACAACCAUUGUUGGGCCGUGGAUGCACCGCUGGCCAAUCACACACCACAACCGACACACGCGCGCCCUGAUGCGCAGCUCAAACAACACGUGAACAACACAUGUGAGACAUGAUGUGAGACAUGUUUUGAACACAUCUUCAGUGUCCGUGUGCGUGUCAACCAACGAACAACCACCUGCUGCUCAUAAACGAACGAACGCCCA